GUGUGCUCCAGAUGAGCCGGGCCGCCGGCCGCGCCGCGGGUCCCUGAAGGUCAGCAGCCGGCGGCGGGCCGAGCGGCGACGCCUCCUAUAAGGGCGCCGGCCGCCGGGCCAGCAGCACACUCGGCAGUGGUUGUGGUCCGCGAUCGGACCUCCGUGAUCUCCUCCGUCACUUCACUCAGAAUCAGGAUGGUGCGCAGCGCCCUGCUCGUGCUGCUGGCUGUGGCGGCCGCCUCGGCCCAGUAUGAUCUGCCCGGCGGCUACCUGCCGCCCCAGUGUCCGCCGGCGCCGGCUCCCGUCACUAAGACCGAGGUCCAGUACGUGACGCGCACCACGGUCAAGCCCGUGGUGCGCCCCGAAGUCCGCUACACCACCAAACAGGUGGUCUCGUCGCGGGUGGUGCCCUCUGAGAUCGUGUCGACGGUCGUCACCCAGCAGCCCACCUACGUGUACCGCACUGCCGUCGUCACCAAAACCGAGCUGCGCUACAGCACGAGCGUCGUCCAGAUCCCCGGACAGAAGCGCGUCGUUCAGAACACCCUCACCAAGCCGGUGAACAAGGAGGUGGUGACUGACGUCUACCGGACCGUGUACACGACCCUGGUGCAGCCGACCACCCUGGUCAAGACCAGCAUCGUCACCAAGGUGAACGUGGAGAGCAAGUACGUGCCCAAGUACAUGCAGGCGGUGACGACGGUGGUGGUGCCCGGACCGACCGUGUACCUCACCAAGACGAAGCAGGUGGUGCGCACCAGCGUGGACUCGCGCCAGCAGCCGGCCGUCUACCGCACCAAGUACGUGACGGCCUACACCAGCGUGUACCGCACCGUGCCCGUGCCGGGACCCACCGAGACCUACCUCCGCACCGUCUACCAGACAAAGCCGGUGGUGCGCACCGAGGUGCGCUACAGCACCCAGGUGCUCACCAAGACGGUGCAGCAGCGCGUGCCGGUCGAGGUGACGGUGACGAGCACUCAGUACACCACCCAGGUGGUGCCGCGGGUGAUCUACAGUACCAAGUACGUGCCGCAGUACUACACCAAGACGCAGAUUGUGGACGUGCCUCGUGUGGUGACCGUCACCAACAUUCGCACAAUCAGCAGCCGCGUGCCGGCCUACCCUGUUUACCGGACCAAGUACAGCACGGGCGUCCAGUACAGCACGGUGCCGGGCCAGGUGCGCCAGCAGGUUCAGUACAAAACCGUCACCGACUACACCACCAUCUACAGCACGGCCACCCGCGUGGUGCCCCAGUACACCACCAAGACGGAGACCGUGAAGAAGCCGUGCGGCUACAGCUACCCCGAGCCCAGCAACCCUCUCCGCUUCUAGACGGCGAUCCGGACGGCCAGUCGGCGGGCUGGCAGCAGAGGGGCCGACUGGUCGCUGAAGGACGCAGUCGUCCCCAGCGGCCGGCCGGAGCGGAGGGAUAUUUAUUGGCGUACCAGUCUGAAAUUUCCAGCCAACGCGAUGCAGCGCUAACAGCAAACAUCGGACCCCUGCUGGGGCGGCGACAGGCAUCAACAACACGAGUGGAUCCGGUUCUCAUUAUCGAGAAAAUGCUUCAUUUGAUAUGACAAACGCUCCAAAUUUGUUAUGCGUUUGUACUGUACAUGAGUGAAAUAUAUGGUCUGUCAAAUAUCUCCGUUGUUUUGCGUCACUUUCAGACUUUCAUCCACUACACAAUACACACCUAGGCAACUACAAAACUUUACAAGGUGAGUUACAAUUCGUUUCUGUAAUGUUACGAGCCUGUUGCGCUUAAUAACUUCUUGGUUUGUAUCUGGGAAACCCUUAGUUAUCCUGAGUGUUCACUCUGUGUUUUUAAUAACCUGAUCUUCCCAGCCGACUCAUUCCCUUUGAUCAAGCAGGUCAUGACUGUUUACCUUUCAUCACUUUCCGACCGUUCCAGUCAAAUAUUCCAGUCAACUUGCCCUUCUAACCCUCUGUCCUGACCAGACCAGCCCUUCUGUCCUGACCAGACCAGCCCUUCUGUCCUGACCAGACCUGCCCUUCUAGCCUGACUUGUCUGUUCGAGUCGGUCGGUUCGCUGCCGUCCGCUGAUGUCGCAGCUGUUGGCUGACGUCCUCCCCCGCCGGUGUUCCAGGAUGACGCCCCUGCUGGUGCUCGCUCUCCUCUCGGUCGCCGCUGCCGCGCCGGACGGCUACAACUACGAGGCCCCCAAGUGCAAGAUCGAGUACCCCACAACUGUGGUCGAGAAGCAGUACAAGACCAACUUGAAGACUGAGUACAGCACGCGCGUGGUGCCCGAGUACAAGACCAAGUACGUGACGCGUACCAAGGUGGUGCCGUCGUACGUGUACCGCACCGUGCUGCGUACAGAGUACGUUCCCAAGACGGUAGUGCAAAGCGCCACCAGCACCUACGUGCGCGACCAGGUCGUGACGAGCCAGGUGCAGCUGCCCGACCAGUACAUCACCAACAACGUGUACAAGACGAUCACGCGGUACGUGACGCGCACCCAGGUGCGCCAGGUGGUGAAGACCGCCUACCAGCCGACCACUAUCUACCGCGAGGCGGUCAGCACGGCCUACGUGCGCUCCACGGUCGAGGUGCCGCGGUACGUCACCACCACCAUCACGCAGCGCGUGCCGGGCCCGGCCAGCACCGCCUACCGGACCGACUACGUCACCAGCACGUACGUCAGCACCGUGGUGCUGCCGGCAGAGACCGUCUACGUGACCAAGACGCAGACCAAGGUGAACGAGAUCGUCAAGACCCAGUACCUGCCGGCGGUGACGGUGACGGCCACCAAGACUGACGUGGUCUACCAGACCAAGGUGGUGACGGACGUGCGCCUCAGUUCCCGCUACACCACCGUGGCCGUGCCCGUCUACUACACCAACACCCGCGUCCAGCCGCUGGUGAAGACCAACUAUGUCACCAGCAACAACGUCCAGUACACCACUGUCACACAGGCCCAGACCAAGUACGAGCAGAGCACGCGCUACGUGCCGAAGACCCAGUACGAGGAGGCCACUCAGGUAGUGACGGUCAAGGACGCGCCCCGCACCGAGUACCGUACCGUGCCCGUGUACGUGACGAGCACCGUGCAGCUGCCGGAUACCUACACCACCGUCUACCGGACCAAGACCGUGCAGCGGCCCGUGCAGAAGGUGGUCAGCGUCACCCGGCCAGAGUACCGCGAGACCACCGUCACCCAGACCGUGGAGGGCAAGUGCGGCUACAGCUACCCGGAGCCAACCGUUCAGCUCCAGUACGGCAAAUGAGCGGCCGGCCGGCCGGCGCGGCGCGGCGGCGGCUCAAUAACUUAUUGACGGGGCCGGAGGACAGAGGGCGGAGGGCGCGGCAGAACAGUGUGAGGAGCGUCUCAGAGGACGGCUCGUGAUGAGGACGGGUCCUCACGGAGCCGGGUCUCGGCCACAAACUCCAGUUGAGCGCAGUUAUUCUUUACGGGCCACGCUUCGGUUUCUAAAUUAUCACAAACCGAUGAAACAGCAGCGUGGAAAUUGAUUGAUGAAACUGAAAUACAAUCUGACUGUGUA